AUGGUGACAGCUGUGUACCAGUCGCUACAGGUGGGUCAUGAACAUCGAACGGAGGGUUGGACGUGUGUGAGCCUCCUAGAGUAUGGGUUGCCUCCAGAACAGAAGAGAGGGUGGGAGGGAGAUGUAGUUUGGAAAGCAAGCGAUGCAGUGUGCUGGGAUCUUACAGAUAGAGUUGACGAAAUUGAGCCAGACUGUUGGGAUGUGUGUUUGACAGAGGGUGCUGUUUUCAGUCAAGGGCCAUGGCCAGCCUGCGCGAUUGCCUGCUACAUUCUGGUAGAUAGCGUUGGGAUGUUUGCAAAGGGCAUGGUGGUUUACAGAAUUUUGGCCUUGGGGACUUGCUGCUGUCGUGUGUAUCUGGCUCUUCAGAAUUCUUCACAAGGCUUCGGACAUGCAUGA